AUGUCUAAGGUUACCAAUGCAAUUAUAUAUAGAUUUAAUGUCAAUUUCGAUCAGCUCCCUACUUCUGAUUCAAGCAAUGAUUGUAUGGGCGAGCGAGUGAAGGUGCUGUUCACCAUAGAAGACUCAUCGAAUCCAACUGAUUUACCAGGUGCACUGCAAAUCGCUUAUGACUUGACGCCCCGUCACAUACACUGUGUUGUUUUCAGUCAAAGCUAUUCCUGUCAUACUGGUGCACAAAAUGAUGAGCAUAUAUCUCAUGGACAAGAUUGUGCAAGGGUUGGUUGCAGUCCUGGCUUCUGCUGCUCCAAAUGGGGCUUUUGUGGCAACUCGCCUCUUCAUUGCGGUUCCGGUUCGACGACAACAAGAGCGACAACGAUCACAACUAGAACCACGCCAAGUGCGAUUACCAGGACUACGACAACAACGACUCAGAAGACUACUACAUCUGGUAUUGGUUCGGAGACGAAUAACAAGAUCACUCGAGAACAGUUCGACUGUAUCUUUAGCAAACUGAGUGAAGAUGUUAGAGACAAACGCUGGCAAGGUUAUCAAGAGGCACUGUCGAUGGUGUCAUUCAAACCCCAAAAUCAGAACGAACUGAUCAUGUUUUUUGCACAUGUCUCACAUGAGACGGAUGGCUUACAGACAUAUGAAGAAUAUUGUGGAAAGUCGAAGGAAUGCGCUAGCAGUUAUGAAAUUUCCUGGUGUGGGCCGGCCACCGCAGAGCCGGGCAAGCACUAUUACGGUCGCGGCUGGCUUCAACUAUCCUUUCCAUGUAACUACAAUGCAGCUGGCCAAGCACUUGGUAUUGAUCUCCUAAAAAAUCCAGAGAAGGUUGCCGAAUCGGAUGCAGUGGCCGCUGCGGCUGGCAUGUGGUUCUGGGAUGCUAACAAUAUAGGUCAACCAGCACGGCAAGGAAACUUUGGUGCUACGACUCAAAUCAUCAACAGUCUCGAAUGUGGACCAACGCCACAACAGACCAAAAGAAUCAGUCGAUAUCAAGAAGUGCGGCUCUGCUUCGGUCUCAAGAGGGACACCGAGAAUCUACACUGUUGA